AUGGGCGCCUUCAACCCAAACAAUGAGACGUUUCUAGAUGGUAUUGAAUGGAUUUACGGGAAAAAGGCUGAUGGGACACCGAACUACGGAUGGGAAGGCGAGGGAGACAAGAUGAAGGUUACAGUCUUCACAGAGGAACCGAAGGACUUGAAGGAGAUGUUGCAGACCAUCGGACAGAUUGAUAAAGGCUAA